AUGCAUAUACAUAUAAUCUUAUAUAUGCAUGUAUACCUGUAAAAGAAUUAAUAUAAAUUUAUUCAUGACGAAUCAUUCGGUGACGAAUCAAAAAGGGCUGGGAAAACUAUAUAUUUAUUUAAUAUAUAUCCAGUUUGUUUUGCUCCAGUCAAUUAUUUUUCCCACGACAGUUUGUAGCGAGCAGAGCAAUUGCAUUUGUAUUGUAUAAUGGUCUUUCGUAUGCGCUUAUUGUUAGUCAUAUCAGCUCGCGUGCGCACGUGCAUCACGCAAAUUUAAUAUAUACAACGUAACUUAACAACGUAAAUUUACAUAUAACAUAUGAUGCGCGUUAUGAGAAAAAAGUCUAUUGAUAAAUGCGGGUGCGGAUGCACAGUGCAACUGUAAUAUUGCGCUCGGCAUUGGGCCAGUUUGAAAAUCAAACAAAGAGAAUCGGGAAAUUACAUCUCUACGAUAAAUGUGUACUAUCUUAUUCUUUACUCUACCUAUGGUCCUUACUAGCGAUAUACUGGCGAUAAUCGACAUUUAUCGCUACAUCUUGCAUCUCAUUAAAAUAACGAUCAAGUUUUCCAAUUGUAUUUGCGCUAGAUAAUUGAAGGUGACGAAAAUGAAGAAGUUCCAUUGCCAAGCUUGCAUAUAUGCCUAAUGUGCACUUGAGUGCACAACAUGCCAUGGAAAGGUAGCGGAUAGAAGAAAACCCCACCUAAUCCGGAUUGCAGGCGCGGCCUUUCUCCUCGGUCUAUAAAGCCACUAGAAAUUCACAUUUACUCAACAUUCGCACAGCGCUCCGUCACUUUGCUCUCGCCAUGUGGCUGCUUAUUUUUACAGGUCUCUUGACGGUCUCCGUUGGUGAAGAAACCAUCGCUAAUGUCGCCAAAAAAACGGUAUCGUCAUCAGCCAACAUCGAUGACAUUGUCCUGCUGGAGAUCGAUAUCAAAGAUCCUGUUAAAAGAUCACCAGUUUCCGAUAGCGCCAUUUACGAAUCUUCAGCCAGCCAAUUUGUUAUUCGGCAUGGUGAUGAUUCUAAACAGCUGUCGCCCGAAUAUUUAGCUGUUUUGCGACAAUUUACCGGAAGUGAACCGCAGCCAUACACAAGCUCGAAUAAUGUGGCUCAGCGCAGACCACUUCCAGCCUAUGCCAAACAGCAGCAGGCGUUGCAACAGGCAUAUUACAAUUAUCGUAAGCCCGCCGUGGUUCCUCCCAGACCGAGAGCUCAGUUGCAUCCUCAAGCACUGGCUCAGGUCGAAGCCGUAGCGCAAGCUCAGGCACACGUCGAUGCGCAAAAUCGCGCUGCGGCAUUGCAGCAGGCGCGCAGUCCGUCCGGAGCAUCCACAUAUCAAGUAGAGUCUUACACCUCACCGAAAUUGGGUACUUUUGAGCAGGAGUUGCUGCAAUUGGUAUCCGCCAAUCAGGCCCAGGAGUUUAAUUUGAUUCCGGCGCAACCUAAAAGCGACUAUUCGCAACAAGGAUAUAUUAAAUCGACGUCGGUAGCAUCGGCAUCUCAGUUACCCGAGCAAUACCAUAUUGAGACUAGUCCGCCCCCUCGUUAUCCACCACAGCAGCGAGUUGCAGCGACAUACCAGUCGAUCGAACAACCAGUUCAACUUCAAUACCAAACAGCGCAAGCGGCAAAUUACCCAGCAAAGGGCGUUCAAGAUCGACCUUUCAGACCGUCUCCGCAGUACGAUUAUGUGGAUGACGGUGCUCAGCUAAAAGCUCAUCAAGCGCAAGUUCAGGAUGAAGCUGAAGCGAAUGCCAGGGCUCAGGCCCACGCCGAGGCGCAGGCCUUAGCUUUUCAGAAAAUCGCCCAGGCAUCAUAUCAGAAACAUCACGACGCCGCUCUAGAGCAGAUUAGGAUCGAUCACGAGAGGUACAGACAGCAAACCGCUUUGGAGCAAAUUCAACAAGGAGAUCACGUCAGUGAGGCUGGACAAGCUCAUAUCGAGGGUCGGCUGCAUCCAAAGGAUCCAGAAGCCGCUUAUAGAGCCAAAUUGAAGGCACAGGCGGCUGCCGAAGCCGCCGAAGCCAGAAGACUUCAAACAGAUGCUGAAUACAAGGCUCACGCCGAUGCCAUACGCCAAGUCGAAGCUCAGCAACAGGCCCAUGUGAGAGCCCAGGAGAAGGCCCAUCAUGAUGCUUUAAAUUUUGAGAGAAAUCAAUUGCGUGCCCAGGCCCAAGCGCAGGCGCUGGCACAGGCUCAAGCCGAGGCUUUGUAUAAAGUUUAUCAACAAUCGCGCGCCAAAGCUAACAGCGAGAUUCUGGCGGUCGCCAAAGCCCAAGCCGAGGCUAAGAAAAUAGAUCCCGACGGCACGCCAGUCGUUCAGUACCUUCUACCUACUACUCCCAAACUUCCAUCACCCAAUAAUUAUUUUACCAAUGACGACGUAAACAAGUAUCAGGUUUCCGGCUCCACUUAUGCUCCUAGAUCAGUGACUAAGCCAGAAUCUACUACUACAGCCACCAACGGCGACUCCAACGUUGAAGAACAAGCUUACGUCCAACCUGUUAUCAAUCAACCUCGGCAAGUACACAAGCUGAAGGUUGCACCAACUCAAUCCUCUGUCUACAUUUCUCAGUCGGGUCUCUUGAAAAAGUCACCCGUUAAAUCUCUUACCAUUGAAGAGAUUAUCGAUCAAGAUCAACUAAACAAUCCUCAAAUUGUACGUACACCUUCAUUUAAGGAUCAACAGCCUCUGAAUCAAGAAGAGUUGUCCGCCCUUAUUAAUGCCGGUUAUAAUGUUACUCCAAUACCUCAAACAGUUAAGUCGACACAGCAAAGCUAUGUGCCGGAAAAUAUCUCUGCCGUGUACUAUUUGAAGAAACAACGGCCAGUAGCCAGGCCCGAAUAUGUUACGUAUGAGGAGGUCGUACAGCGACCUCGAAGACCCACUAGGAAGAAUACAUCUGAUCUCAAACAUGAUAAUAUCAAUGCUAGCGAAAAGGUUACUUACUUGGUACCCUUGGAGCCCAGUUUUGGUAUAAGGCAGCCAUCACUUAAGAGUAACGAGUAAUAGUCGCAUAGACUUUUUCAUUGUCAAAAAGUGAUUACGAAACAUUAGAAACUCUUUUCGCACGAAAUUAUUUUUCUUUCAAAUUUAUUUGUUUUGCGUCACGAGUGUUGUCAAGGGUGCUUUGGCACACCCUGUAUACAUGAGAGAUUAGUCAAAAAGAUAAUUCUAUAAGAGUAUUAUCUAAAUUUUUUCUUUCUUUUUAAUUUUUAUGGUUAUUUUUUAUGGUUUAUGUUGUUUGGGUGGUUGCACGGACAAGUCAAUUGCUGAUUUUAAUAUUUUCUUCACUACUUUGCGAUUAAUAAUUUUUUUCCAAACCUAUUUUUCAAUAUUGUACCGUUCAGUCUAUGAACUUGGUAAAAAAAAAGAAAACGUUCUAUGUACUUUGUAUAUAAUUUUGAUCCUGAGCGCUAAUUUAUCAUUAGAUAUUUCCUGGAUAAUAGAUUUAUAAAGUAUAUUAUGAAUAAUUUAUAUUAAAUUAACUACUAGCAUCUCGUGCUAAAAAGUUGAAGAAUGGAAAGCAGGUUUUGCUGCAAAAUGUUGAUUUCAAAAAGUAAAAUAAAUUAUUAUAAAAUUGCAUUGAUUGUAGCAAUUUUUCCAAAAAAGUCAUUGUAGCACACAUAUAUAAGGGAAAAUGCAGAUAAGUUACAAAUUUAUUUUGUUGCAUAUGACAACAAAUAGCAUAUAAUCGGAAGAAUUUUGUAAUGAAUGUUACGCAACAUUAUGAUAGAUUUAUUUGUGUGCGACAGUAUUGAAUCGAAUAAUUUUAUUAAUUUAUAUUCUUUUGUACAUAGUAGAAUUUUAGCUAAUAAAAAUGUUUAAAAAUU